AUGGAGGUGGACUCUGGAUCUGCUUUCUCAAUCUUGAAUGAAAACACAUGGAUGCAAUUACACCCUCGAACUAUACUAGACAUAAUGCCUAACAAGUUACGUACGUGGAACAACUCUCCGGUACAAGUAAUGGGACAGGCUACAGUGCAAGUGCAAUUUAAAGACAUUAAGUGUAAUUUGAAUGUUGUUAUAGCUAAGGGCACGGGCCCAAAUCUAUUAGGUCGAAACUGGUUUAAAGCAUUGGAUAUUACUUUAAAUACUAUUCAUAUGAUUGACAUUGAUUUGACAGAUAUUGAUAAAGUACUUAAUAAAUAUAAUACUGUUUUCAGAGAAGGGCUUGGUACAUAUAGAGGGAACCCUGUAAACAUACAAAUUAAGCCUAAUACCGUUCCUAAAUUUUUAAAAGCUCGACCAGUGCCUUUUGCGUUAAAAGAAAGGAUUGAAAAGGAAAUCGAUCGUUUAGUUGGGGAGGGGGUACUUCGCCCCAUAUCUUUUUCAGAAUGGGCGACACCAGUAGUUCCUAUAGUAAAAAAAAAUGGAGACAUACGACUUUGUGGAGACUAUCGAAGUACGGUAAAUCAAGCUACUGAGUCAGAUACAUACCCAAUGCCCACGGCUAGUGAAGUCUUUGCAGUUAUUACAGGUGGUUCUUAUUACACGACACUUGAUUUAGACAGAGCAUAUACGCAAGUGGUGGUCACAGACGCCACAGCGAAGUUUUUAACUUUGAAUACAUGCAAAGGAUUGUACACCGUACACAGAUUGGCAUUCGGCGUGAAGGCCUGUCCGGGAAUAUUUCAACGCUUGAUGACAGCACUGCUAGCAGGCAUACCAGGUGUAGCCGUGCUGAUUGAUGACAUCAUCAUUAGCGGCCGCACAUUGACAGAAAUGACUCAACGUCUUGAAAUAGUACUGGAUCGCAUUGAAAGAGCAGGAUUGCGUCUUAAUAAAGACAAAUGUAAAUUUGCUAAAAGACGCGUGGAGUUUUUAGGUUUUGUGAUCGAUGCGGAUGGUAUUCAUCCAGCUCAGAGCAAAGUUGAAUCGAUUCUUAAAACUCCGGAACCUAAAAAUAUACAGCAGUUACAAGCAUUUUUAGGCCUCUAUAACUUUUACGAGAGGUUCAUACCUCACAAAGCAACUAUUCUUGAACCUCUACAUAGAUUACUCGAUAAGUCACAGAUGUGGCAAUGGACUGACCGGGAACAAAAUAGUUUCGAUACCGCCAAGCGUUUACUUUCUUCAGAGUUGACUCUUGUUCAUUACGAUCUUAAUAAGCCAUUGGUUCUUACCUGUGAUAGCUCUGAGUACGGCGUCGGCGCUGUAUUAUCACACAUAAUGGAGGACGGAACAGAGCGACCUGUUGCGAUGGGCUCUAGGACUUUACAUGCGCAUGAGAGGCGUUAUUCCCAAUUGGAUAAAGAGGCCACUGCUAUCAUUUUUGGGGUAGUUAAAUUUCACAAUUAUUUGAUGGGAAGGCCUUUCACAAUAGUUACAGACCACAAGCCAUUGCUUGGUAUAUUUGAUCCUCAAAAGCCAAUGCCAGCGAUCUUGUCACCUCGGUUAACUAGAAUUGCGUUAAUACUCACGUCACACAACUACAAUAUUGUUUAUAAGCCAGGUAGACUAAUUGGAAAUGCGGAUGGUUUAAGUCGAUGGCCACAGCCAGUACCGGAUCAACCAGAACAACAGCAUUGUGAUGUUUUGCUUAUGGCGGAGACGCCUGCUGAUUUUCCAGUGGAUGUUGAUCUCAUAGCAUCGGCAACGAAGAGAGACCGAACUUUAUCGCGAGUAAGUCAUUACGUACUAAGCGGUUGGCCUGACAGAGUCACGGACAGUGAGCUGCGUCCGUAUUGGUUACAUCGUACUGAACUCUCAUUUCAUGAAGAAUGUAUUUUAUUUGGUUGUCGCGUAGUGGUGCCACCAUCGUUGCGUGAGCCUUGCCUAGGUGCCUUACAUAAGACACACGCUGGGGUCGUGCAAACAAAGGCAUUGGCCAGAAGUUACGUGUGGUGGCCGCAAUUGAAUCAUGACAUUGAAGUUUUAGUAGGGGAAUGCUCAAAAUGUUUAGAAAACAGGCACAUGCCCCCUAAAACAAGCUGUGAAUGGAUUACACCAACUAAACCAUGGUCUCGAAUAAAUGUAGACUUUGCCGGACCUUUUCAAAACAAGACAUUUCUGAUUGUCGUCGAUGCCUAUUCGAGAUGGCCUGAGGUUUUUAUUGUAAACAAUAUGACUUCUGGAACAGUUAUUCGACAUUUAAGGAAUAUGUUUGCAACACAUGGAUUGUGUGAAACUUUAGUUUCAGAUAAUGGAACAGCAUUUGUAUCGACAGAAAUGAAAAUAUUUCUUGAAGCGAACAAAAUUAAACACGUCACUACAGCACCUUAUCACCCGGCUACUAAUGGUUUAGCUGAAAGGAUGGUCCAAACCAUUAAGGAUAAACUACGAAAGAUGGAUGACAUCCCAUGGGAUAUCAAACUUCCUAACAUUUUACUAGGUUUACGUGUUACACCUUGUACAGCAACUAAAAAGAGUCCAGCGGAACUUUUAAUGAAUAGGCGCCUACGUACUUUGCUGGAUACACUACAUCCUGAUAAUCGCCAGCAACGAAAAAGAACACAACAAAUUAUUAGUAACGCUCAAAAAAUUAAUAGGGAAUCAGAGACAGGCCAGAAUGUUAUGUAUCGGAAUUAUGGUAAUGGGCCAAGAUGGUUACCAGGAACUAUAGUAAAUAGAAAUGGACCAUCUAGUUAUGAGAUUACUACAGAAGAUGGAUCUUUGAUAAAUAGACAUAUUGAUCAAUUAAUUAACAGAAGACAAUCUGAAAUGAGUGCGAUAACCCGGAGAGAGGAUGAAGAGAUGUCCAAGAAGCAAGAUAUCACAGAUAAUAGUGAAAUAAUGGACAAUGACUUAGCAGAGGAAAUUACUGGCUAUAACUUAGAAAAAGAUAAGACAGAUAAUGAGGUAAGAGAAGAAAUUAUUGAAAUACCUAGUCAGGAGAAAUGGGCGGAAAUGUUAGGUAUACCAACUAAUAUGGAAGUAACUUAUUCUGGGGGAAAAAUUAGGAAUAAAAUGAAUGUUCAUUCUAAGUUACCAUAUGAGAGACCUAGUAAUAAUUUUAUAGCUUAA